AUGGAGUCCGAAACAUUUCAUAAAUUUGCUCAAGUUGCCUCAAGCACAGGAGCAGAUGAUGUGGAGUUUAGCGACUGUAAUCUGACAAGUGAAAAACUGAAUGCAUUUGCACAGGGAGCCAUCAAACUUGGUUUGAAAAUCAAUCAAUUUUUCCUAUCAGACAAGACUAUGGAGUCCAAAACAUUUCAUAAAUUUGCUCAAGUUGCUUCAACUACAGGUUCGAAUACGGUGAAGAUUUGCAACUGUAAUCUGACGAGUGAAAAAAUCAAUGCUUUUGCACAAGGAGCAACUGAUUCCGGUUUGAAAAUCAAUACUUUAAGCCUAAUUGACGGGACCGUGGAGUUCGAAGCAUUUCAUAUAUUUGCACAAGUUGCCUCAACUGUUGAAACAAGUGAAGUGCAGUUUAUCGAAUCUAAUCUGACAAAUGAAAAACUGAAGGCAUUUGCACAAGGAGCAACUGAUUUCAAUUUGAAAAUCGAUCGCUUUGCCCUAUCUGACAAGACCAUGAAGUCCGAAGCAUUUCAUAAAUUUGCUCAAGUUGCUUCAACUACAGGAGCAAAUAUAAUGCAGUUUAGCAACUGUAAUCUGACGAGUGAAAAACUGAAUGCAUUUGCACAGGGAGCCACCGAUUUCGGUUUGAAAAUCAAUUGUUUAUUCGAAGACAAUACCAUGGAGUGCGAAGCAUUCCACAAAGUCGCUGAGGUUGCGUCAACCACAAAAUCAGACAUACUGUUGUUCUGCAACUGCAAUCUGACAAGUGAAAAACUAAAUGCAUUUAGGACGGGAGCCAUUCAUUGUGACUUGAAAAUCAAUCAUUUGCACCUGCAAAACGAGGCCAUAGACACCGAAGCAUUCCAUGAAUUUUCUCAAGUUGCUUCAACUACAAAAGCAAAGACUGUGUAUUUUACCGACUGUAGUCUGACAAGUGAAAACCUGAAUGCAUUUGCACAGGGGGCGACUGAUAUUGGCUUAACAAUCAAACAAUUUGUCGUAUCAGACAAGACCAUGGAAUCCGAAGCGUUUCAUAAAUUUGCUGAAGUUGCCUCAACCAUAGGAGCGAAUAUGGUGCAAUUUGGCGACUGUAAUCUUACAAGUAAAAAACUGAAUGCAUUGGCACAGGGAGUUACUGAUUUCGGUUUGAAAAUCAAUACUUUAAGUCUAGUUGACAAGACCAUGGAGUUCGAAGCAUUUCAUAUAUUUGCACAAGUUGCCUCAACUGUUGAAACAAGUAAAGUGCAGUUUAGCGGCUGUAAUCUUACAAAUGUAAAACUGAAUGCAUUUGCGCAAGGAGCAACUGAAUCCAGUUUGAAAGCUACUCCUGUUAGAAGACUUAAUUAA